AUGUCCGCCUCCGACUACACAUCCACCGUCCGCGGCUCCCUCAAACUAAAAGGCUCCGCCCCCGUCGGUGUAAAAAAGAAAAAGGGAAAAUCCUCAUCCUCAACAUCGAAAUCCAAAACGCCCUCCACAUCCACAUCCACAUCCGAAGUCACCACCACCACCACAUCCACACAAAAAGCGCCCGCAGAAGAAGAUACCUCUACAUCUCCCUCUCCCUCCAAUCUCAACCCCAACCCCACCUCCAACUCACCCCCCCGACCACAAUCCAAACCUCGAUUUAAAAACCCUAGAACCGAUAUCCAGCGAUGGCAAAACACCCUCGGAGCGCGCAUACGAAGAGAUGCGACGGAAACGUCAGAUAGAAUAGCCCGCGAAGGACCGAAGACGCAUAAGCAGCGUGUGGAAGAACUGAAUAAAUAUUUGUCUACGUUGAGUGAGCAUCAUGAUAUGCCGAGGAUUGGACCUGGAUAA